CGCCUCCGCCCUAAGCACCAAACCCUAGAGCAGUGCUGCGACCGCAGCGGCAAGGGCUUGGGCCGCGGGCGCUUCGGUGCGCAAGGGCGCGACUGCGACCGCGCGAGGCGGGCGGCGGCGGCGACCCUCGAGUCCGCGGUUAUUUGGUGCUUGUCUUCCUUCCUGGACUGAAUGGACCAAGGGGAGAACCAAGCAGCUGAUAACUUGCCUGUCUCAUCAUCUGAUAAUAAUGAGUCGGAAGAUUUACCUGUGAAGGAAAGAUGUUUUGAUCAGAGAGAAGCUCUUCCUGGGGAGCCUCGCUGUGUUGUAUGUGGCCGAUAUGGGGAAUAUAUAUGUGAUCAGACUGAUGAUGACAUCUGCAGUGUGGAGUGCAAGACAAUUCUUCUUGCUCGGGUUGCUGCUAAAACAAAGCCAGCAGUACAAGCAGCAAAGCGUGUGAAUCUUCCUUUGGGCGAUGAGAGUAUCUGUAUUAAGGACACUAAUUUUCCAAAUAUACCUACUUUGGCUGACAGCCGGAUCACUGCACUGAGGAGUAAGCUUGACAUUUGUGUCAAGGGUGAGGCUGUUCCUGAUCCAAUCAUGUGUUUCUCCUCCUGUGGUCUUCCUGAGAAGCUUGUGCACAAUCUUGAGACUGCAGGAUAUUGUAUGCCUACUCCAGUGCAGAUGCAAGUUAUCCCUGCGUCAAUGAGUAAUAGAAGCUUACUUGUUUCUGCUGAUACUGGUUCAGGGAAAACUGCUUCUUUUCUGAUUCCCAUAAUUGCUCAUUGUUCACAAGUAAGAUUGCAACAAUGCACAGGCAAGCGAGGACCAUUGGCUAUAGUUCUUUCUCCAACUAGAGAGCUAUGUGUGCAGGUGGAAGAGCAAGCAAAAGUGCUUGGAAAAGGUUUGCCUUUCAAAACUGCUCUAGUUGUUGGUGGAGAUCCAUUGGCUCAGCAAAUUUACAGGAUUGAAAAUGGUAUUGAGUUAAUUGUUGGCACCCCUGGGAGGCUAAUUGAUCUUCUCAUGAAACACGAUGUUGACCUUUCCGAUGUUUCUGUAUUCGUUUUGGAUGAAGUGGACUGCUUGCUGCAGAGGGGAUUCAGGGAUCAGGCCAUGCAGGUCUUUCAGUCUCUUUCAAACCCCCAGGUUAUGAUGUUUUCAGCAACAUUAGAUUCGGAAGUCGAGAAGAUGUCCAACUCACUGGCUAAGACUGUUAUACGUAUCUCUUGUGGGAACCCAAGCAGACCAAACAAAUCAGUCAAACAGGUGGUCAUUUGGGUGGAGUCUAAGAAGAAGAAGCAGAAGAUUUUUGAGAUAAUCAAAAGCAAGCAGCACUUUAAACCUCCUGCUGUUGUGUUUGUGAGUUCCAGAGUCGGUGCUGAUCUGUUGUCUGAAGCAAUUACUGUUGCUACUGGAUUAAAGGUUGUUUCUAUCCAUGGUGAGAAGACGAUGAGUGAGAGAAGAGAGAGUUUGAGAAGGUUUUUGACAGGAGAAGUAUCUGUUAUAGUUUCUACCGGGGUUCUGGGUCGUGGAAUGGAUCUCCUGAAAGUGCGCCAAGUGAUAUUGUUUGACAUACCAAAUUCCAUUGAUGAAUAUAUUCACCAAGUUGGAAGGGCAUCUCGGAUGGGCGAGGAGGGAAUGGCUAUUUUGUUUGUGAAUGAGGAGGAUAGGAGGAUUUUCAAAGAGCUUGUUCCGGUUCUGAAGACUGCAGGAGCUCCAAUACCCCGGGAACUUGCAAAUUCAAGAUACAUGGCCGGUGUUUCUCUUGGUAGCGAGAGGAAGAGAAAAUUGAGUUCGAGGUCUCGUCCUUGACCAAGAUGUAUAAAAGAGUUGCUUGGAAUCUUUCUUCAUGCCAAAUAUGAUGCUAUUGCAUGUUUAUCUGGGACUGUCUUUGCAAUUGAUCUAAAGAUUUGUCUACCAAAAAGGAUAACUUGGUUAUCUCUGGAAUUCGUACUUCUCCUGAAAAUUUGAAGCAUGUGCUGACCCAACAGGUGCGAACAGUCAAAGAUUAUUUCUCAGUGCAUGGCGUCUAAGAUAAAUUUGUUCAGGAAACAUAAAGAAGAUACAGUAUAUGUAAAUUGCAACAAAAUAUGACGAAACGGCCUUGGUCGUCCCCGUGCGAUGGUGAAGCUGGGCUACUGCUGCUCAACAACUCCUCGAUCAUUUGCAGCGCAAUCCUCUCCUCGUCAUCCAUCGCUGUUGCUGGUGAAGCAGUUGUUGCUGACGUGGACUGUGAUGCUGCAUCAGUGGACACUGCCUCUUUGUUGAGCUCCACGGUCAUGACCCAGUUGGAGUCGGCACGAGCUCCUGCACGCUUCUGCCAGACGCCAAUGUGGGACUUCUCAGGGUCAAGACGGAGGCAGGUCAGGGAAGGCGAUGGCGCCUUGCAGCACUUGCGGAGCUUGGCACUGAGAAUCUGGGACAGGUUGGCUGUAGAGGAGCCGCCGCCGAUGUUGCUGCGAACAUCCCUUCCCGCAGCUGGGGCAGGCUCGCCUGUGCUGCUCCUUUGGACAGGGAAGUUGGUCUUGGCGUUGCGGCCACUCAUCAGCACAGCGGCCUCAUCAUAUGCCCUUGCUGCUUCCUCUGCCGUCUCGAAGGUGCCCAGCCACACCCUCCUCUUACUGUGCGCAUCACAAAAAUGUACACAUUGCAACUCAGAAUUAUGGUUGCAUCACCAGUUUAUGUUCUUCACUGAAAAUUAGUGGGAGGGAAUGGACUUACAGGAGGGGAUGCCUGAUCUCGGAGACCCAGGAGCCCCAGUGGCGCUGCCGGACUCCACGAAACUUCUUUGGCUGUACCAUUUUCCUGGAGUGGAGAUUCUCUGUCAUGGAGGACACCGGAAGCAGAGAUGAGCUCUGCUGGGGCUCCUCUGAACUGAAGUUUGUGGCCGUGUGGGGGAGGAACGCUCUGGGUUGAGUGAAUAUAAACUGCCCAGCCUGUACUUGCUUCUGCAGUGAGCGUUAAAUGUGGUUAGCUGCGUAGGCAGCCAGGUACGUGUCAGAGAGGAAGGGGGUGGAUAGUAUGUCUGACCUAGUUUUCACUCAACAAUCAUCAUGAUAGAAGGCGGCAUAGGCUGGCUGGAGAUCAGGGGUGCUGGGGUCACCAGCAGUAUACCAAGCGUGUGUUAAUGGAUAAAACUAGGGCGGAAGAGGAAGAGAGGAAUCAGGGGGGCAACUGAAGGGGGUCCACAAUAGUGUCUGCUGGGGUGGGCUGUCGGUGAACUGUGUGUGUAGAGCAUAACCACCUUCCCUGCUAGUACAGUGGUAAUAAACACUCUCACCUACACCCAUGGCUGCCACAUUUAUUUGUGGGGCAACCCUGAGUUGAUCCAGUCUCCCAUAGUUUAUUAGUUGUUUAUGUAGGGUUAAUGUACACCUGUUUUGGAUUUACUUCAUCUCCUUUUCCAGAGCUACUGGGGCCAAUCAUAUGGUUGAGUGCCAUUGGACGCAUGGACACAACUGCACAACAUAUAUGUAUUUACAGUCAUUUGCAUGAUUGGGGUACUAGGCCUUCCUAUGAUGCCAAAACUGAAGCGUUGGUCUGCAAUAAAUAGGUGAGCUGGGUCAUAUUUCACCUUGCAAGCAACUGCCCCCCUUGCUACAUCAGUUAAUCAGUGUAAAAUAAAAAGUGAAUCGAAUUGAUGGAAGUUCGUUGCCCUUGUCCACUCAAUUAAUGGGAAACAGGUACCUGCAGUACAUCUACGGUUUUGGCUCCACAGGCAUGUGGCAGUCGGUCACUUCUUGCUGGAUCAUAAGAAGCUUCGGUGAGAUCUUGUCUUCUGACACUGUCUCAGCAGUGGGUUUCCUGUUAUCUUCACCCUGGAAAGGGGAGGCCGCAAGGACAAAUCUGGGGACAGCGCAAUAAAGCUGGCUUUAAUCGCUCGGAUCAACUCCAACCGUAAGCUUUCUCGUGCGUGUGGAUCAGGCGAGCUCCGGACGCGCGCCUCCGGCCCCCCACUCGACACUGGAGACAAGAGUACAACACAAGACCUUCCCUCGGCUCCUCGGCCAUCGGAACUGCCCUCGGUCUGAGCCCGGAAAAGUCAGGCCGGGGCCGGGCCAGGUGGUGCGCGAGCGCCUUCCUCGCCUGCAGGUUUUGCACUGGUGCCCACACGCAUGCGCGCGGUAAUAUCGUGCCAGAGAUCCCAUGGGAGCUAGGAGGUUUUGACACAUGGUCGCAAGAGGGCUUGUACCACAAAAUAAAGCUCAUGGGAACAUAAAAAAUCCCGACCAAGACUAGAUCGUGUAGCUACAAGAACGAACCUCGUAAGUCGAGAAGUUCAAAUCUCUAUAUUAGGACCAUCCUAAUCCAGAAACUA